GCCUCAUGUCAAACUUUUACGUUUCAGUCAGAUCCAACAGUUUCAUAACAAACUUCGCUCUUGAAUUUCAUCGUAACAUUUGACUUACAAUUUCUGUACCUAUAUCGUACGGGUGUACAGUUACACCAUAUUAUUAAACUUUUUUUUCACAUUUUUAGUCGGCAUGAGUGAAGCACCCCAGAAACCUCCUCCUGCUCCUCCGAAGCAAGCGACAUCGUCCGCUGCCCCUGGCGAUGGUAUCCGCUCGAUGCGAUCAACCAAUGUUUUCCGAGCCAUCAACUUCGAACUCUACGCUAAGCCGAAUGCUAUAGUAAUGGGCAUUGGUCUGGUCGCCAUUGGAAUAACGUUCGGAUACAUUGCAUACAUGCGGUCCAAAUACGAGGGCCUUGGAUACUAUUCGGCAAUUCAAGAAGACGGAAAGGAGGUGUUCGUGAAAAGGAAGUCCAAAUGGGAGUAGGAAUCGCAAAAUUAUGCUAUUACAAAUUAUUUAGAUGUCGUAAGCUCUGUACAUAGUUGCUUAUUAAACUUUUAAUAACAAACGUUAAAAAAAAAUAAAGCUUUA